UCCACUCCAGGAUUGGAGGUCUGCUUCCCACCAAAAGGGCGGAAAUUGGCAUUGCACAGCCGGAUCUGCAGGAGAUGAAAAGCGGGACUUGGGUGCAAGACAUCCCUGCCCACCUUUUGCAGGGUUCGCUGGUGGACUUUCUUGAGAAGGCAGUGGUUUGAUGCACAAGGACAGCGUGAUCGUUGCUGGCAUCCUGUUCCCUUUCCCUAGAGGUCACUCCCCAAACGUACUGUCCCAGUGUAGCAGUCAUCCUGCGCAGCGUUUAGCCCGGGCAACUGUGCUAUGAAUUGGUUGCUGUGGAUUGCCUGCCUCGGCUUGUUCUGCAGUAGCUUUGCCGAAGGUAACACCAAAGCAGAACCUCGCACGGUGGUGGGCCGAAAAGGGGAGAGCGCCCUGCUGACCUGCAACCUGCUCAAGCCAGACGAGGCAAGUCCCCCGCUCUUCGUCAUCGAGUGGGUGCGAUUUGGCUUCCUGCUCCCCAUCUUUAUCAAAUUUGGGCUGUAUUCCCCCCGUGUGGAUCCAGACUACAUUGGCCGCGUGCGGGUCCAAGCGGGGGCCUCUCUGCAGAUCGACCGGCUGCGCUCCGAGGACCAGGGUUGGUACGAAUGCCGGGUGCUGUUCCUGAGCCGCCCCAACAGCGAUGACGAAUUCCAGAACGGCACCUGGAUCUACCUCGUUGUCAAUUCUCCCCCCAUUUUCCAGAAGACCCCACCGUCUUUCAUAGAGGUUCAGGACCAAAAGUCUCUGAGCUUGUCCUGUUUGGCCACUGGCAAUCCACAGCCGCUCAUCUCUUGGAAGAGAGACAGCCAAACCAUUGAAAAUGGAAGCAAAGUGCAGGUGAAAAACGGGACACUCUUCUUCGCUAGAGUAGGACGGACCUGCGCUGGGGUGUACACCUGCCAUGCCAGCAAUCAGGAAGGCACUGUCAUUCACACGACCCACCUCCUAGUCCAAGGGCCGCCAGUGAUUGUUGUCCCCCCCGAGGACGUCACCGUCAACCUCACCCAAGAUGCCUUUUUGGCUUGUCAAGCUGAAGCCUACCCUGCCAACCUCACGUACAGCUGGUUUCAGGGGACCACCAAUGUGUUUCAUCUCAGCCAUCUCCGAUCGCGGAUUCAAAUCCUGAUUGAUGGAAGCCUCUUGGUCCAGAGAACGACCCCGGAGGAUUCCGGAAAAUAUACUUGCAUUCCCAGCAAUGGGCUGAGGAAGCCCCCCUCGGCUUCUGCCUUCCUGACGGUUCUGUAUCCUGCUCGAGUCAGUGACAUGCCUCCAGAGACCCUUCUGCCAAUUGGAAUGCAAGGCACGAUCAGGUGCCCCAGCAAAGCCAACCCUCCCCUGCUCUUUGUCAGCUGGAUCAAAGACGGGCAGCCGUUGGAGAUAGGCAAGUUCCCAGGCUGGUCCCUGAGAGCCAACGGGACUAUUGUCAUUGCCACAAGCAACGAUGACGCCCUUGGUGUGUAUGCUUGUACCCCAUACAACAGUUUUGGAACAGCUGGCACUUCAGCACCCACACGGGUCCUCCUCAAAGACCCUCCCGUGUUCAGCCUGCGGCCCAAGGAGGAAUAUUUCCAGGAGUUGGGCCGGGAGCUGCUAAUUCCGUGCGUCGCCCAAGGGGACCCUUUACCCAUCGUGUCUUGGACAAAAAUGGGUAGCAAGACCCCGGUCAACGCUCACGUGGACAGGAACAGCAGCCUGAUCCUGCGGCCCCUGACGAAGGAGCAGCACGGCUUGUGGGAAUGUGCCGCCAGCAACAGCGUGGCCAGGGUCAGUGCUGCCACCACUGUCUACGUGUUGGGCACCAGCCCCCAUGCUGUGGCCAACGUCUCCGUGUGGCCCCUACCACAGGCGGUUAAUGUGACCUGGGAGCCAGGAUUCGAUGGAGGCUAUUUCCAAAGAUUCAGCAUCUGGUACACACCAAUAUUGAGACGCCUCAACCGCCCCCACCACGACUGGACCUCGCUGCCGGUGCCGGUGGGGGCUUCCCACAUCCUUGUGGAGAACCUGCAGCCGGACACGAGCUAUCAGUUCAGUGUGUUGGCCCAGAACAAGCUCGGCAGCGGCCCUUUCAGCGAAAUCAUCUCCACCGUGCCACUGGGGUUCCCAACUCAGACAGUGUCCCUGGUCUUUCCCACCACUGCCUCCCUGGUCUUCCUUUCCCCACCCCAAUUCCUGAGAUCCAACGAGACCACGCGGGGCGUCCUCCUCCUGUGGGAACCUCCACUCCACGACCCUUUAGCCUUGGCUGGAUAUUCCCUGGAGCUGCGCCAGGAUCAGGGAAGGUGGGAGGUCCUGAGUGGAACCAUUCCCAGCUCUGAGACCCAGUUCCUGGUGCCGGGACUCAUCAAGGAUACCUUUUAUGAGUUCCGCCUGGUGGCUUUUGCCGGUGGCUACAUCAGUGACCCCAGCAACAUCGUCAAUGUUUCAACCACUGGAAUGGAGGUGUACCCUUCCCGUACCCAGCUCCCCGAGGCCCUACCCCAGCCUGUGCUGGCAGGGGUCAUUGGCGGCGUCUGCUUCCUUAGCGUGGCCAUCAUCUUCAGCGCCAUGGCAGCUUGCGUUAUGAACCGGAGGAGAGCAGCCCGUCUCCGCAAACGCAGGCAAGAUCUACCAAUUGUGUUUUCCUCCACCAAGAAGCUUCUACCUGCACAGCAUUCUGCAGGUGCUGCUAACCCAGACAGCAUUGUGAAGCUGAAAUUCCAGGGGUCUCCGUAUCACAGCCUUCGCCGCACCCUCUUCUGGGGAGAGAAAGCCGGCCAUAACGUCAGCCUCGAUACCUCUGGCGGCCAUGCCAUGAACAGCUCCAAAUAUGUCCUCUACGAGAGCCACGUGGACAGGCCACUUCCCCUUGAACGCAUCUCCCGAGGCUCUGACGGCCGCUUCGUGGUGCAGAGCGAGGAUGGGUCUCGAGGACAGCCGGCACCCCAAUCCCACCCGUCCGUGGAGAGCAGCGAGGCCCCGCCAGAGCCCUAUCUGCAAGUCUUCUCUCCUCCCAAGGAGCCCGUGUGGCAGAGGGGCGUCCAUCUGCGGCCCAAGAACGCUGGCCAGGCCCAGCAGGAAGCCAAGGCGUCUGCCCAUCGGCAGGGCCGCUAUUUUGACUACAGCAGCAGCACCCUGACGGAGGAGGCCGAGCCCUUGCGUGUCAUCAGCAUCAGCCCGGUGGCCACCAUGCCGUACGGAGCUAUCCAGGAUACCCAGUGGUCCCCCGGCUCCAUGGCCUCUUCCCCGUCCUCCUCGCCCCACCAUACGUUGAAGGCUUCAGUUCAGCCUCCGAGCUUCCAGGCCGGUGCGAGUAAUUCGGUCCAGAGCGGGAUCCUGCAGUAUCUGAGUUUGCCCUUCUUCAAAGAGAUGAAUGUGGACGGCGAUUGGCCACCGGAGGAGAAUGAGAGGGAGGACACGCCAUCGCCAGAGCCCAUCUCCCUCGAGCCCGGUCUUCCGGGCAGCGCCAAGCGCCCUCCUUUGCCAGACCAGGACAAAGCCUCUGAUCCAACCUACAUGGAUAUGGAGCCUGAUUCCGACUCCUUUCAGCAUGAGCUGGCGUCCACUUCUCUCCUCAGGCUCCCGGACCCCGAUACGGGUCCAGCAAGGGCCCCCUUACCGGGGUCCCUGGCUUGUCCACUUUACCUCUGCUCUGAGGCAGACAGCCCCCCACCGAAGGAGCAAGGAUGUUGGUUGUGGACGCUGUCGUCACCAUCAUCACCCUCGUCGCAGCUCCUUCCAGAUUGCCGCCAGGCCGAGCUGCCCCGCCCGGCCCUCCCCUUGCCCGAGCUGCCCCCCAAGUCCCUGCCCCCCGAGAAACACAAAUUGCCCGCUGCUGGUUUCCCACCAGGCCCCCCCUCUGAGAAGUUCCUGAGGGGCAGCUUGACGAGCCAAAGCAGCGGCCGGGGCAGCGCUUCUUUCUUAAGACCGCCGUCGUUGGCGCCCUCGUUGGCUGGCAGCUACCUCAGUUCCCCGUUCGGAGAAGUGGCCAGCUGUCAAAGCAGCUCAGUGGGAGAGGAGAACAGACCCCAGAAGGAGAGUUUAGUUGUUGCAUUGGAGAAAAGGAGGAACACGUCCGUGGAUGAGAACUACGAAUGGGAUUCAGAGUUUGCUCUGGAGUCGGACUUAUUGGAUGCCCUGCAGCUCUAUCGGAGUGGAGACCCCAAAAGGCCAAUUUCCACCAUCGCGGCCCACGAGUUGGAGAAACAGAGUUCCAAAGGUUCAACUGAAUCCAGCAGCACUUCUUGCAAUUCACAGUCGGUCGGCGCCUUGGAUGGGUCCAGCUCUCCCCUGCCCUUGGCCAGCCCGGAGGAGCGUUGUGCUGCCCUGCGCGAAGAGUUCCUGGCUUACCGCCGUCGCCGAGAAAUGAUCCAGCUACAGCGGCAGAAGAUGGACCCUGGCAGAAAGGAUGAGCGAUUUGAGCAAGCCACGUUGUUCUGAAAGAACAAAUCCCCUCCCUGGGUUUUCUUGGGCCAAUCUGCCCACCAUCCACAAGGGGGCAGAUCUGGGACCCCUUGGGCCCUGUUCCUGGAAGGAAACGCUGCCCUCUGGAGCCACGUGGGAGAACUGCUUCAGGCACCAAACAUCGGAUAAUCCCAAAGAUGCUGGGCGAAUUUUUUCUGCCAAGUUUUUCCGAAUCUCCGGAGUAUUUUAUCCAGGCAGGAAGAAAAAGACCUUGCUGUGACUCUGUGUGUGUGUGCACGCGCACACUUGGUUUAUUUUCAGUUGGAUUCUAGAUCAGAGGAAGUGGGUGGUGGGCUGUUUGGUAAAAUGGGGCUCU